CACAAUUCCCAAUUUCACAAUCCAUUCACAAACACCACUCAACCAUAAUUUUUCUAACCAAAAAGCACAAUGGAAACCACAUCCACACUUACCUAUUUCCUCCGCCAUGUCGCCGCCAAGUUCCCCUCUCGCCGAGCGCUCUCCGUCGCUGCCAAAUUUGACCUCACCCACUCUCGCCUCCAUCAACUGGUGGAAUCCGCCGCCCAACGGCUGCUCACCGCCGGAAUCAAACCCGGCGAUGUCGUCGCCCUCACCUUCCCCAAUACCGUCGAGUUUGUUAUCAUGUUUCUAGCCGUUAUUCGAGUGCGGGCCACAGCCGCGCCGUUAAACUCGGCUUACACAGACGAAGAGUUCGAGUUUUAUUUAUCCGACUCCGAGUCCAAGCUUCUCUUAACAUCUUCAGAAGGAAACAACGCAGCCCAAGCCGCAGCUUCAAAACUCAAAAUAGCUCACGCCACGGCUUCGGUAACCCAAGCCGAGAGUAACGAACCCGAGCUGAGUCUCUCGCUGAGUCAAUCCGACUCGGUUAACUCGGUCGAUUCGGUUGAGUCAGUGGUUAACGAUCCUGAUGACGUGGCGCUUUUCCUUCAUACAUCCGGCACCACAAGCCGACCCAAGGGAGUGCCGCUCACUCAGCACAACUUGCUCUCUUCGGUACAAAACAUUAAAUCGGUGUACCGACUCACUGAGUCUGACUCGACGGUGAUUGUGCUUCCGCUUUUUCACGUGCACGGUUUGAUUGCGGGGUUGCUUAGUUCCCUGGCGGCCGGUGCGGCGGUUGCGCUGCCGGCGGCGGGAAGGUUCUCCGCCUCUGCGUUCUGGAAAGACAUGGUGAAGUACAACGCCACGUGGUACACUGCGGUCCCCACCAUACACCAGAUUAUACUGGACCGCCACGCGAACAACCCCGAACCGGUUUACCCGCGGCUCCGGUUCAUACGAAGCUGCAGCGCGUCUCUGGCACCGGCUAUUUUGGGCAAACUCGAGGAGGCUUUCGGUGCGCCGGUGUUGGAAGCUUAUGCGAUGACGGAAGCGUCGCAUCUCAUGGCUUCGAACCCUUUACCACAAGAUGGGCCGCACAAAGCCGGGUCGGUUGGAAAGCCCGUGGGACAAGAAAUGGUUAUUUUGGACCAAACGGGCCGGGUUCAAGAGGCUGAAGUUAGCGGAGAAGUUUGCAUUCGUGGCCCCAAUGUUACGAAAGGGUAUAAAAAUAACGUGGAUGCCAAUACGGCGGCGUUUGAAUUUGGUUGGUUCCAUACCGGUGAUGUUGGCUACUUGGAUUCUGAUGGUUAUUUGCACCUCGUGGGUCGCAUCAAGGAACUCAUCAACCGUGGAGGCGAAAAGAUAUCACCAAUUGAAGUUGAUGCUGUUCUGCUUUCACAUCCGGACAUUGCACAAGCAGUAGCUUUCGGAGCGCCUGAUGCCAAGUACGGUGAAGAGAUAUAUUGUGCGGUUAUCCCAAGAGAAGGAUCAAACCUUGACGAGGCAGAGGUGCUAAGAUAUAGCAAGAACAAUCUUGCAUCCUUCAAAGUUCCCAAAAAGGUCUUCAUUACUGAUUCUCUGCCCAAGACUGCCACCGGAAAGAUUUUGCGUCGUCUUGUGACAGAACACUUUGUCUCUCAAAUUUGAUCAACUUGAGUCCCCACCUUUCAUUCCUAAACUCCAUACCUUCUCUAUACAUUGAUGGAGUCCGAAGACUAAUGACAAUAAUAUGGCAACUUGGCAUUUAAGAGGAAGGCAUACAAUAGAUUAUACUUUUCAAUGUUUCGUCUGAAAUGUUUACAUUGUAAUGUUUUCAAUGUUUUUUUAUACAUAUUGAGUACUUUCUCAGUCCA